AUGAGAUCGCUGAUAGUACCUGCUCCACAAAAACACCAACAGAGAAUGUGUCGUCCAAGUGACGAUUACAAUCGAGCAUUAGAGUUGCAUUAUGCGUUCACAAGUCCGCAAGCUGGACUUCAACUGAGUGAUAAAUCUUGGAAUCAAACGGAAGUGGGAAAUUUUGCAGAAAUUGUGGAGGAAUUAAAAUAUCCCUCAAUUUUUUUGCAGUGUUUAUGUUUUCAUAUCAAUUAUGCCGAAACGCAUCAGCACAAAAUUAAAAAUCUAAUUGAAAAAGAACGGAUAACUUCAUCCAUAAAGUUGAAGAUAAAAAAAUCUAGUACAAUUUAUUUGGAGCCACCAAUUACAAAUUAUUCUUCCUAA